AUGACCGCCACCAAGACCGCCCUGUUCGCGCCCAUCCGCGUCGGCUCGAUGGAGCUCGAGCACCGCAAUGUCCUCGCGCCCCUCACCCGGUUCCGCGCCGACGACGAGCACGUCCACCACGACGUGGCGGCCGAGUACUACGCCCAGCGUGGCUCGUUCCCGGGCACGAUGCUCAUCACCGAGGCCACCUUCAUCGACCCCAAGGCCGGCACGUACGACAACGCGCCGGGCAUCUACUCUCGCGCGCAGGUCGACGGCUGGCGCAAGGUGGUCGACGCCGUGCACGCCAAGGGCUCCAAGAUCGUCAUGCAGCUGUGGGCUCUCGGGCGCGCGGCCGACCCCAAGGCGCUCAAGCGCGAGACGGGCGAGGAGGUCCAGUCGGCGAGCGACAUCCCGUUCGAGGGCGGCGCCAAGCCUCGACCGCUCACCAAGGACGAGAUCAAGGAGUACGUCGGCUUCUACGCUCGCGCCGCCAAGAUGUUCAUCGAGGAGGCAGGCGGAGACGCUUGCGAGAUCCACAACGCCAACGGCUACCUUCCCGACCAGUUCCUCCAGACCAACUCGAACCAGCGCACCGACGAGUACGGCGGCUCGGUCGAGAACCGCGCUCGCUUCUCGCUCGAGAUCCUCAAGGCCGUCACCGACGCCGUCGGCGCCGAGCGCGUCGGCAUCCGCCUGUCGCCCUACUCGACGUUCCAGGGCAUGAAGAUGCCGCUCAAGGACAUCCACGAGACGUUCUCGUACCUCGUCAAGCAGAUCGCCGAGCGCCACUCGGACCUGGCCUACAUCCACGCCGUCGAGAGCCGCAUCGCCGGCAACGCCGACGUCCCCGAGGACAAAGCCGAGACGCUCGACUUCCUCCAAGACCUGUGGGCUCCUCGGCCGUUCAUCGUCGCUGGCGGCUUCGACCCCGAAUCCGCUCGCGCCGCCGCCGACUCGAGGGAGAACACGCUCGUCGCGUGGGGAAGGCUUUGGAUUUCCUCGCCCGACCUCCCUCGCCGUGUGCGCGACGGCAUCCCCCUCACGCCGUACAACCGCGACACGUUCUACCUCAAGGGCCCGACGCAGACUAAGGGCUACACCGACUACCCGACCGCCGACGAGACGGCGCCGGCCAAGAUCUAGACGCACGAUAGAGCAAUGUAGAGCAUGUUGCAAACAAAGAAUGAUCUAGUCCCUCGUC